CUGGCGGCCUUUCUUCCAGCGCGGCCAAUUGAAGGGGCUUUCCGGGUCAUCGGGGCCAUCGUAGUCCACGAUAUUGGCGUCAUGGUGGUGGUGGGAGGUUUGGUCGAGCUCCGGGGAGGCUUGCACGGUCGGCGGGAUCGCGCCCUUCUCCAAGUCGGUCUGGUCCACCAUCUUUUUGUCCCUGCCGCGUGGAAGGCGCCAUGACGGGCAGCUUUGGGCCUUUAUACCCAGCCUCGACCGAGGCUGCCCACCGUCGACGAACUUUUCAUUUCGGCGCUGGGGCCGAACCACCGGCGCAUGCGAAGUCCGACGGCAGCUUAUCCCCGAUUAUCCAUGGGGUUAUGCUUGCAUGGGGGCGAGGUUACAUAACCUCCAUCCCACAGCCACCCGCCACCCGCGGGUUAUGCCGUCUUAUGCGGUGGGGGCCCUUACCCGAACCCGAAAGCGAAUGCGAAAGCGAAUUUCAUCCCAUCCCAGUCAUGCAUGACCCGUGCCACUGGACAGGCGUCGACACCAUUGUGCACAUAUCAACAUCCUCACUGUGGGGAGGGGUGGAAGACGCGAAGGGUGCAAUAUGUCUGCAUCGAGGCUGCACUCACCCUCACUCCUCCCCUUCUUCGCAGGUGGGAGGAUGCGACUUGGGCAGCCUGGCCAGGGGCCAUCCCAGUUGGCGGCGGGGCAUGGGCGGGGCUGCCCAGGACGGUCUCCAAGGGGCCAAACUAGCCGAGCCCGUCGGACUGGGGCUCCAUUCCCUCCCAGGGGGCAGCGGUAUCUUGAUCUUAUUCUUUGCUCGGAUGAACCCCCGUUGGCCUAGCAUUGUUCAUGGUUCUUCUCCUUGCCCACGGGUCAGAUGGCUGCCAAGUGCCAUGCAAUGCACCGCCGUCGGCCUGGAUGGGUCGCGUGGCAGGCGCCGGCUAGUCUUCCGCUGGCGGCCACGAGGGCAACUGGAUGAGAUUCGCUGAAAUAGAGACCGUCUUCAGGCUGAUCUAUAGGCCUCACGGAGAAUGUUGCCGCUGCGAUUCAAUGCGGUAUCGUGGGUGUCGCCUUGAGAACCGAUCGGCGACUCCUUCCACAGCAUCUUGGUCUCGUCCCAAACCCACCGAUCAUUUACAGGCGGUGCUCCACACCCGCUGGCAAGUCAGGCUCCAUCAUCUCGCGCUGUAGAGCUUAUCUCGUAUUAACUCAACGCUGCUUGAUCCGUUGUCCUCACCCCAUAUGACGUUGUUUGAGAAUUGCUGCUCUCUCGCUCGCAGGCUUUGUAAAUCACAUACAGUCUGGAUUCCAACAUACCUGGUGGCUGCAGUUCACCU